AUGACUCUUGUUAUUACAUCAAUGCUACCAACAGAUGUAACAGUUGAGACAGUUAAUGUUCUACCAACCUCUAUGCCACUGCCUCUACUAGUAUCAGUUUCUACAAUUCCAGUUGUAACUGUUCCCACCAUGCCUAUUGUUACAAUGGGUUUGCCGCCUACUAGUUUGCUUGUGGUUACAAAAGUGGAGGUCACUACUCCAACCACACAAUCAGUCUUACCUCCCUGGUUGGUAAUAGUGGCACCAAAAAGGAAGACACAAUUUGUUUCACCAGAUGACUUUGAAUUUGAACAAUUAACUCCUUCAAAGGCUAAAGUAGCUAAAAAUCCCAAGAUAGUAUCAAGGGUACUCAUUGAUCCAGUUAGUAAAAGGAAGUAUGCUGAAGUAAUUGUGCAAACAAUAGGUAAGACCAAAGAAAACAUCCAAGGUGCAAAUUAUAUAGUUCAAACUGUCAAGCUUGGAGAAGAAACUCGUGAAAGUGUGAAGCGUGACUCAAGAGCUGCAAAUGAAGCUAUCAUGAGAAGACUAGACGAAGAGCAGGCUAAAAAGAUCAAAUUCAAGGAAAAGUGUGAACAACUGAAUAAUGUUUUGAUCAAGGUGACCCAGAAUUCACAACAGGUAGAACCUAUUGUUGAAAAUAAUGGAAAAAGUGGGGGCUAA